CAACGUAGCCUCAGGCUGCAGCUUACGCUGGAUUCUGUUUGCUCGCCACUGCUGGCAGGAUCAGCAGUGGAGUACCGCUUCUGGUGUGCGGAUUCACUUGAUCUGUCCUUGUCGUCCACCAUGCCCAGAAAAACAAUCAUCGAGAAGCGCGAUAUUGUCCGGGAGGCCUAUUCCUGCAAGAACAACGUCAAGGCCACCGCUCGCAAGUACACGGUGCAGCCACAGCAUAUCCGGCGCUGGCUCCGGCAGCUCGAGAGGAUGAACAUCAUCGUCUUUGACGACGAUCGGGCUCCGAUCUACAGGCCCUCCAGGACAAGCAAGCUGAUGGAAAACCCAAAGCCUCUGCAGCCCAUUACCCCCAAGGAACAACCAACCCUGAUCCAUCCUGGGCCAAGUCAGAACCACCCGAUCGCGCCAAGCGAACUCCCGCCCUCGCCGGACUUUAUGAUCCCAAUGCCACAGAUUCCCUCGCAGCCAUCCUCGGGGUGGUAUUGGUGUGAUCCGGACUCGCCUUUGAGCUCUACGAGCUCGUCCAUGGGUGUCUCACCACCCAUUAGUCUUGCCGGAGGCAACUCUGCCCUUGCCCAGUUUGCUCCUGCAGUAUCCUCGUCCAAGGAGCCGCUUCUGGAGGAUUUGUUCAGCUCGGCAGCGCCGCUGUUCGAUCCCUCAGUCCACCUCAUCCCUCCGGUCCCGGUGUGGUCGACGGCGAGCUUUGUGCCUCCGUUGCUGCAGCUGGCUGCUCAACCUGCCGGCCCCAGCAUCUGUCGCUGCCGCUCGCCAGCCCCAGGCCCAUUCCAUCCGCCAACCUACCAUGCCAAGUACGAGCUUGUGCUUGAUCCUGUUCAUCCACAAGCAAGCCCGCUUCCGAGAUCGGCAGGGAUAUAUGAUGCCAACUACCCCAACCCGAUCUACUAUUUCAGUUGAUCCGACCGGGUCGUGCUUGGCUUGCAGGCUCCAUUUGAUCUUCCUGCCCAUUUUUGGACACGCCCGCUUGACCUCAAAGAUCGAUUGCAUGUUCCUCAAUACCGCUCUGUCACCGACCCUGGCAGCUCUAUAUUCGCUUCUUUUUGUUGUUAUUGUUCUUGUUCUUAUUGUUGUUGUUUCUCCUUUCCUUCUCUCCGCCAUCAACUUGUGCUUCAGGCUCGCGUAGCCAUGGGUUGUGAAUCAGUUUCCUUCCCGGACCCUUCGUCUAUUCGAGACGAGGCUCGGCUUGCCGCACCGUCUUUCCUUCUUUGCCUUCAUUCGUGACUC